CACAACACGGUAAAGUUCUGCUGCGGAAGAAGGAUGCGAAGGAGAUGGCUGAACUUAGAUAGCCCCGUGUUUUGGAAUAUCUUCACCAUGGCCCUUCUCCGGAGGAAAGAGGGGAGCGGGGGAAGGUUGCUCGCCCUCGCAGCUAUUUUCGGGUGGUGUUUCGGGUCUGUGCGCUGUUUCGGGCAGAGCCAAGACAGCGAGUUAACGUUUCUGCUGCCAGCCGGAAGAUUGGAGUGUUUCUUUCAAACGGCAGUCAAAAAUGGCACGAUGGAGGUCGAGUAUCAGGUGAUAGCAGGUGCCGGUAUGGAUGUCGACUUCACCAUCCUCUCUCCAGAAGGCAUCCGGCUCAUCGUCGAGUCUCGACGCUCUGACGGAGUCCACGUGGUGGAGCCUACAGUGGAGGGAGACUAUCAGAUCUGCUUUGACAACAGCUUCAGUCGCUUCUCAGAGAAGAUGGUGUUCUUUGAAAUCAUCAUCGAGGGUCAAGGAGGGGAUGUGGGUGGAGAUGAAGAGUGGGCGGGUUUAGAGGAGCCUGAUGGAAGCCUGCUGGAGUACAAGCUGGAAGACAUCCGGGAGUCCAUGGACUCUCUGCACAGACGCUUGGAGCGCAGCCGGCAGAUGCAGACAGUGUUACGGGCCUUUGAGGCUCGGGACAGGAACCUUCUGGAAGAUAACCUUUGGAGGGUCUCGUUCUGGUCCUGUGCCAGUAUGCUGGUGAUGCUGUGUGUGGCCCUUACUCAGGUCUACACCGUCCGUAAACUGUUCGAUGAUAAGAGGAGGGUCUACACAUAGAGAAAACGUGCUGCAUUACAAGACAGACUGGGAAGGAAAACAGUCCCAACACAAGAUGUUCAACUGGUUACCCAUUCAGAUUGUGCUCCAAUACUUUUCAUUUUGUCUGAGCACCAGCAUUGAACAUCAGCUCUAGUGGAUCAUUUUUCUAAAAUCUUGUAUUCAGUCAGUUUGUGAGCAACAAAUAAACAUUAUUGCUGUAGAUCAUGAAGGGUAACCAGACAGGGAAAAGACAGAGGAAGCUGAGGGUGGUCAUUUACUUUCAUUUAGUGCCUUCAAUGUCAAAUCUUUACCACAAACCAGUGAGAAAGUACAUCUUGAAAGACAUGGCUUGUAUGGAACCUGGUCCUUUUCAAAGGUUAAAGGUCACAACUUAAAGACUAAUCCACAGAAGUCCUAGUUUACUGGUUUACAAUGGUUAACAAUGUGCAAUAGUGUUGUUGGCGUAUUUGUUCUUCCUGACAGAAUAAGAUCCUGCCAUUAUAUUGGUGAUUUGUCAUUUGGUCCAAAUGUGUUCUUGGUUACUGCCUUACUGACUGGUAGUGUAUUUUGAGAUGUUACUGAUUUCUUUUCAUGUGCCAGUAUAAUUCCAUGUUGACAAAUAAGAAUGUAGAUUGAGAAACAGGGAUGAUUUCCAGUGUGAUUGCCAAUAAUGUACAUGUGUCAGUGCUCCUCCAGACGCAUAUGUAGGGCGUACAUUUAUUUCAGUUCAGAUUUGCAUUAAGAAAAUUCAGUGUGAACAAACAGUUAGAUGUGUGUGUAUGUGUUUCUGGAUGAUCAAACUUGCUUUUACCCUGGUGUAUGUUUACUGUGUCAAUAGAAUGUGACAAUUUCUUUGUGCUCAGACAGCCAAGGAGUGAUUUAUUUUUAACCAUGGGAAGACUUUCAUUACAUAUUCUAUAAGAUAAUUAAGAUAAUCAGGUUUUUCAUGGGUAUCACUGAUAUUAAAAAAUGCAUUUUUUACACAGUAAAUACUUGGUUUGAUGUGAACUGUCUUUGUAAAAUAAAAACCUACAGCUGAUAAAUGAA